AUGGGGGACCGAAAUGGUCGCGUCGAUAACAGGCACCAUUUUACGGACAAUGACCACCCCGAUGAUCCAAUUGAAGACCCUACACUCACUCAGCUUCUACCCAUGAACGAAAUAUCAGAUGAUGAUUCUCCUCCUACCCCUCGGUUUUUACAAGAUCAGUCUUCCUAUCGGUACCUUAAAUGGAUUCCUACUCCGGUCAGACGUGUCACUAAGCAAGCUAUUACUUGGGCGAAUGGGCCAGACCCUCCGCGCAUAAACGUCAUCAAGCCUUGGUUUCCAUGGCUGCAGGAAGCACCAUUACGGCUUUUAGAUCGAUAUAUACCAAAGAGAAGACAUAGGAUCUCGCUUCUCGUAGCAUAUUACUUCUGUUGGAUUCUGACUUUUGCUCUUGUCCUACGCCAGAGCACACUUGCUACCGCGAUAGAGGAAUGGGGAGUCCCUAGCGAUAUUGGAUGUGGCAAUACAUAUUGGGUAGCUGGGAACCAGUGUGGGUUGAAUGGAAACGAUUGCCGUCCCUUUAACGGAAGUGGUUUUGCAUUCAAAUGUCCCGCAAACUGUGCCAGCGCAAAGGUUCUUAAUCCGCGAGCUGUUGGAGCGCAAGAAAUCAACUACAGGCCAUUAGUGAUUGGUGGACCUGCAGACGAUGAUACUACUGCAAUCUAUCGCAGUGACAGCUUUAUCUGCGGAUCCGCAAUCCAUGCUGGAGUUGUCGAUAAUGUCAAAGGAGGUUGCGGCGUUGUGUUGCUGGUUGGAGAACGCAAUAGCUAUCAAAGCUCAAAUAGGCAUGGGAUCAAAAGCAUUGGUUUCGAUUCGACCUUCCCAUCCUCAUUUACAUUCCAGAAAGGAAUCACUUGCAAGGCCAAAGAUUCGCGCUGGUCACUGCUGUUUGUUUCUCUGACGUUCACAGUAGUGCUAUCGCUUUUUACUACAUCGCCUAGUCUCUUUUUCUUUUCCAUUUUCACUGGGCUUUUUGCUCAUACUGGUCUCGGCUCUGAUCCACCUAAUUUUAAUACUAUGGCCGGACUGGUCUCAAACAUAUUAGGGAAGUUCCUACCUGCAGCUUUUUGCGCUUUUGUCAUAUAUAAAUACAUGGGCGUCGAACGUGCCUUGACUGGGCUCAUAGCUCAAAUCGAGAAGACGAUAUUAUGGCUCGGGGGCUGCUGGGUUGGAACACUCUCAAAUUAUACUUUUGAGUGGAUCCCUAUUCAACGGCUGAAUGCUCACGAUAUAAAUCAACAGCCAGAUGCCAAACUUGCUCUGGCACUUAUCAUCAUAUUCCUUAUCAUUAUAAUCGUGAAACAAGCAUUCUUCUUUCGCAUGGAGGGUCGUUUAAUUCGUUUUCUCGGCUUGUAUGGGAUAUUUGUUACCGCUUUACUCAUAUCUCUCCUACUACCUGGUCUCAGUCUUCGAAUACAUCACUAUAUUCUUGCUCUUUUACUGCUACCGGGAACUUCUAUGCAGACUAGACCUGCACUUCUCUACCAAGGAUUGUUGGUCGGCUUGUUCAUCAACGGUAUUGCACGGUGGGGAUUUGAUCCUGUGCUUCAGACUCCUGCAGCACUUCAAGGAGAUGCGAAACAUAAUUCCGCGCUACCACAUAUUUCAUCUCCAGAGAUUUCAAUGAGUAGUAAUGUUUCUUCUAUAUCUUUCACCUGGCUUCCACCACCUGCCCCAUUUGAUGGCAUCAGUGUGCUAGUCAACGAUGUAGAACGUUUCAGAGGAUACACCGAUGAAGGAUUCGCAAGUGAUAAGCAUUUCGUUUGGUAUAAAAACUCACCUUUACAACAACCCGAAUAUUUUAGAUUUGGAUAUAUGCAAGGGUCUAGAAGCUGGGAUUACACAAAGGCGGGCACUUGGAAUGUCAAUGGGACCUGGACAGAAAUGAAAAAGGGGCCAAGUAAGGUCAAAAGUAGAUCACUGGAUGGAGAAGUCUUCACUAUAUAG